AUGGACAAGAAUGCCGGAAACGAGAGAAGGAAAGGGAAAGGUGUCCCCUCACGCGGCGGUCCACUGAGUCUUUUGCCUCCGAAAAUAUGGGUUAUGAUUGCCGCAAGGGUUGGAUCGGCCUCGAUCCGGGAGCUGUUUAACAUGCAGGCUACGUGCAAUGUUUUUUGGGAUGCAGCCCGUUCAACUGCGGUGUACAAGGUGGCUUCUAUGGCGGAACUACCCAUAGCUUUUGGUGACUACUAUGAUGAGCGGCCUGAGUGGGGGUUCCUCUACAGAUGCGAGGACGCAAAAAAUCCGGCUGCUAUAUUCCACACAGGGAUGACGGAAUUCUUCUGGAUUGGUCGCCAAGUCGGAGGGAUGAACACCCUGGUUCAGGCCGCCAAUGCGGGCAAUAUACACGCGUGCUACUUCUCUGCGAUGCUGAUACUUACGCCUGGUGUUGGCCACGACGAGCAUAUCGCCGAUGGUCUUGAGAUGUAUGCCAAUGUACGGGCUACUGGGAAAAUUAAUGCAUGCAGAGAACUGUUUGGGCAGGUGUUCGCGAAUCCGUUUGUUGGGUUGCACCCAUUGGAUCCAAGGAAGCCCGUCCUCUGCAAGUCAAGCAUGUGCCCGACGUGGGACCAUGGGUGCCGCCAAUGCUCCGUCGAGUGUAUCGUGCAUCCACUGCCCGGCCGAGUCCGAGGUGUUGAAUUUUUUUAA